AUGGCAGGUGAGAAGAGUUUAUGGCGCCGCGGCCUCAAACUGCUGGAAGUUCCCGUGGGCGAAAGAGAGACAUUGAGUGUUUUGAAAAACCCGGACCUGCAGCCCAUUCCGGCCAAGGACCAGCAAUGGGGUUUCUGGUCGAAUUUUGCAUACUGGGGUGUCAUUUCGUUUUCCGUGGGUACCUGGAUUAGUGCCAAUUCAGCGCUUUCGGUAGGUCUCUCUUACGGAGAGACAAUCGGUACUUUUAUCGUUGGUGACGUCGUCACCAUCGUGUUCACGCUGGCCAACUCGUACCAGGGUUACGACUGGAAAGUUGGUUACACGCUGUCACAGCGGUUUGUGUUUGGUAUCUAUGGGUCAGGUCUAGGCAUUUUGGUGCGUAUCUUGAUGAGCGUUGUGAAUUACGGAUCCAACGCUUGGCUGGGCGGGCUUUGUAUCAACAUGAUCCUGGACUCGUGGUCGCACCACUACCUUACGUUACCCAACACGCUUUCAUCCCACGUCGCGAUGACCACCAAACAAGUUAUCGGGUUCAUGAUUUUCCACGUUGUCACAGCGUUCUUCUACUUUGCCAAGCCCAAGAGCAUGAACUACUUUUUGAUUGCAUCCUGUGUCGCGACUUGUUUCGCCAUGAUGGGUAUGAUCAUCUACCUUUGCAAGGAAGCUCACGGUGUAGGCCAACUGCUCAAGACCUCUAAGACGACCGUGUCCGGAUCUACCAGAUCCUGGGCCUGGGUUUACAUGGUUUCCUACUGGUUCGGCUCUGUGUCUCCUGGCUCUACCAAUCAAAGUGACUACUCUCGUUUUGCCUCUUCCAAGACGGCAAUUUACGCGGGAACAAUCUGUGCUCUUUUGAUCCCAACGACUUUAAUUCCUGUUUUCGGCGUCAUUGGUGCCUCUACCACAGCCCAGCUUUAUGGUGAUGCGCUAUGGAUGCCAAUGGACAUCACUGAGUACUGGUUGACGACUAAUUAUUCCUCGGGAGCUAGAGCUGCUUCUUUCUUCUGCGGAUUAGCUUUCACUUGUUCCCAGAUUGCUUAUACGAUAUCCAACUGUGGUUUUGCUGCCGGUAUGGACUUGAGUGGUGUUCUCCCCAAAUACAUCAACAUUUUUAGAGGUGCCAUAUUCUGCGCGGUUGUGUCCUUUGCCGUCCAGCCUUGGAAUUUCUACAAUUCUUCCUCUGUGUUUUUGGUUGUCAUGAGUUCGUUCGGUGUCGUCAUGACACCAUUGAUCUCCGUCAUGAUUGCGGACAAUUUCCUUGUCCACAAGCGUCAAUAUUCUGUGUCAGAAGCAUUCAUCCUCAAGGGAGAAUACUACUAUACUCUCGGUGUUAACUGGAGAGCUAUGUUUGCUUUCGUAUGCGGUAUGGCUCCCGGUUUGCCAGGUAUUGCGGGCUACGUCAAUCCAAAUUUGGUGAAAAACAAAGGAAUCAACAACUUCUUCCUCGCCGAUUCGUUCACCUCGUUCUUGAUUUCCUUCUUUACUUACUGGAUUCUAUGUUUGAUCUUCCCUGUGAAAAUCAACGUAAGACAAGACGACAAGGAUUACUAUGGAGGCUUCACUGAUGAGGUGGCCAGAAAGAAGGGAAUGAUACCUUAUAGCGAGCUCACUCCAGAAGAAGUCGACGUAUUGCAUUACCGCGAAAGAAAGGCAAGCUCAUCUGAGGAUGCCAAUUCCGACGUAAGUAAAGAGACGGACAGGGUUGAAGUUCAUGGCGAUGACGGCCUUGAAAAGAAUCAGUAA